AUGGACACAGCGGACCAAUCGGGUCGGGAAGGUCAUGUGCAUAACUACAGCGUGAUUGCCGCAUUUUUGCCAACAUCCGGAACCACAGUUUUUUUCGCUGAUCUCGCUAUCAUGGCUUUCACUUCCAUCGUAGUCAACCCCUUGACCGGAACCGAGCUCUCCUAUAUUGACAGCGGCGCACCAGCCCAGUCCUCGUAUAUCACUAUAUUUGCUAUUCAUGGCAUGAUAUUCACAAAGGGAAAUACAAAGGGUGCGGUUGAUUUCUCCGCUCUGAGGAGAUCUGUCAACGAUGCCAUUAAAUUCAGAGGUCAGAGAGACACAACUUGAAGAAAUAACCGGGUUCGAAACGCAAAGCAGAAAAAAAAUGCAUCGUGGAAAAGCUUAAAAUGCAUCGUUGAAAGCUGACUGAUAUUACACGUUUAUGCAAAAAAGACGACUCCAGUUUAAGCAGGAAUGCAAUCCGGUUUAUACAUCCUAAUAGCCAGUCAGAGCCGUCAACGAAACCAGAAAACAAUUGAACUCACCUCAUCUAACAUCGGGUUCCACAAUCUAAGGAAACGAUCUGCACAGACGAGCAAUAAAAGCCAUGUAAAAAUACACGCC